UUAUGAAAAUAUCUUUUAUACAUAUUUUUGAUGUUGUGUAAUAUUUGUCGCCGCGAAUACCGAUUUUUAUCAGUUGGGAAAUUCGAUGGACAGUCGUGUUGACGUAAUGCGAUAGAUCGAUGGAAUUCUCGCUCGGGAGAAUGAAAUACCGAAGAGACUUGACAUUUUAGACUUUUGUCGAUCCAAGAGAUUCCGAAAGCAAAUCAAGGCUAAGCUUUCGCAAUUUAUGUAAAAGUAUUUUAUUCGCGUAUAAGACAAAUCACAUCCUCAGCAAGCGAAGCAUAAGCAGUACCUGCGAAACAAUAAUUUUUAUUGCCACAUCGUAAAUCAUUACUUGUUUUAUACUGCUUAUUAUGAGAAUUAAUACUUGUUGUUAAAAGUAGCAAGGAGGAACCGACGUUUCUUCAUCAUGUAUUCUAACAAAAUUUAUUCUUCGUUGGAGUUUUCUCUAUAAUUUUUACCAUUCAGGAUAUCAAUAAUUGAAUCUUCAAUUAAAUAUCGCGCAAAACAGAGACCUGCAAAUCGACAAGUUAAGGAUCGUAUUUAUUCGUUUUAUGAAAGCUUCAGCAUCUUUCCAACAUUAAAUACCUCUAUAGUUACAAUUUCGCAUCCAAUUACUUCCUGGAAAAGCAUCGACUCAAAGAAUUCGAGUAAUUCCGCAUACCAAAAGACUGCCUUGCGUUGAUUCAAGUUCAUUGUCGGCGAAUUGACUGAAUGAGAAAAGAGUGUCAUAGCAGAACUCAACAAACUGAUUAGCACAACGUUCAGUACAUUGGUGAUUGUUAUCUCGCCGGUUCGACGAAUAUCUCAGACAAAAAUACAACGCGCUUUUGCCCAUCUGUGUGUUUACGACAAAUAGAACAGCGGUCGCAUAUAUUUAGCAUGAAAGUUGAGAGAAUCGCAUCCGAUCCAAACCAGCACCUCCUACCAUAUUGUGCAUAAGAAUGGCGGUACAAUCUCGUGCCGAUUAUGCAAUUAUUUAUGAUGUUUCGUCACAAAUGAUGACUAUUAAUAUUACUUGUGAAAAACUAAUAAGAGAUAAAGAUUAAUUGUUUGCGUGAAUCGUACGUGAUGUAAUAUUUGCAAUGUAUAUGAUUGUAUUUACAUGUGUCAAGCACUUCUUAUGCGACACUACGUCGAAGUGCAAAAUGCCGAUGUACGUGAAGAAAAUGACGGUUGUAACUAUUGUAAUAGGAUAUUUAAUAUUACAAGGAGCAGCAGCAGCAGCAAGAAUCGACAUUGCAUCUGAUAUAACUGUGCACAUGAAUGAUGUAGUGUCAGUUCCAUUCGUCUUACAUGAUCCUCCUGUGCCAAACUUUAUAUUAAUACCACAUUCGGAUAAUGAUAUAGCAAGAUCAAAUCUAGCUAGUGACAAAUUGGUGCGCAAUGGAACUUUUUUUAAUGGUGUUUUAAAUGUUACCGGUGUAUUCCUUGGUACAACAAAAUUGUCAUUUACUCUAACAAAAAGUGGGGACAAUAAGGAGAUAUUAAAAUUGGAAGAUGUUUCUGUUAUUACCAUAACACGACAGAUACGUACAAUAGAUACCAUAUUCACUAUCAGUGUUGCGGUGCUUGUAUCCAUUCUGUAUAUUAAUUUUGGCUGUGCAAUGGAUUGGGAUAUAUGUCGCAACACAUUGAAAAAGCCAAUAGGUCCAACCAUAGGUUUCUUCUGCCAGUUCCUCAUCAUGCCAUUGUUAAGUUUUGCCAUUGGAAAUAUUUUAUUUCCUGGUCGUCCUGAACUACAAAUAGGAAUGUUCUUCACAGGAAUAAGUCCGAGUGGUGGUGCUUCUAACAUUUGGACAGUAUUACUUGAAGGCAAUCUAAAUCUGUCUGUCACAAUGACGACAUUAUGUACUAUUGCUGCAUUUGGAAUGAUGCCAUUUUGGAUCUUUACAUUGGGCAGAUAUAUCUUCGCGCAGGGAAAUCUCAACGUACCCUAUGGUCAGAUUGGUACAGUUGUAGUUGGCCUCGUGAUACCACUAGCCAUAGGGUUUUUCAUUCAAAGAAAGCUUCCAAAAGUAUCGAGAAUAUUGAUACGAAUAAUGAAACCGUUCUCUGUGAUUCUGAUUAUUUUCAUCAUUAUAUUCGCCAUUGUGACUAACAUGUAUCUUUUCAAACUAUUUUCAUGGAAGAUCGUAAUAGCAGGAAUGGGCCUGCCUUGGUUGGGCUUUUUGUUUGGUUUCAUAGUAGCAAAACUGUGCAGGCAACCCCAAGCCGACAUACGAGCCAUAGCUAUUGAAACUGGUAUUCAGAACACAGGUGUGUCCAUAUUUUUGUUACGAUUCACCCUUAAGCCACCUGCUGAUGAUCUAACCACUGUAAUUCCUGUGUCUUCCGCGAUCAUGACACCGAUACCAUUGACGAUCCUGUACAUCAUAAAGUUAAUUUAUCAGUAUAGGCAAAAAAUAAAGGCUAAAAGGAUGUCUAAUUCUAAUCCGUCGUUAAACAAGGAUGAAAUUACAAAUACUUACAACACCAUGCAACCAAAUGCAUCUCAAUUAAUUAAUACAGAGUAAAAUAUAAAUUUUGUGAUAAUUUUUACAUUUAAGGCUCCUGGGGAGUCGUAUCAUCCAUCUCUUUUUAAUGACGUCAGAAGCGAGAAAACGCAUGCUAAAAAUUCCUGCAAAAU